AGGCGGCGGCGUGGGAGAAGGAAGAUGGCGGCUGGCAAGAGCGGCGGCAGCACCGGGGAGAUUAAUUUUCUGGAAGCUUUGACUAGAUCAGAAUCUAAGAGAGAUGGAGGUUUUAAAAAUAAUUGGAGCUUUGAUCAUGGAGAAGAAAGUGAAGGAGAUACAGAUAAAGAUGAGGCAAAUCUACUCAGUGUAGAUGAAGAUGAGGAUUCUGAAACCUCAAAAGGAAAAAAGUUAAAUCGUCAAUCUGAAAUUGUUGCUACUUGUUCUGGUGAUUCUUGGAAGAUAUGUGCAAGACGAAACAAGACUGAAAAUUCAAAACCUUUAAAAGGCAACCCAAUUGGACUUAACAUGUCGAGCAACAAAAAGAAAUUGAGCGAAAAUACACAGAAUGCAUCAUUAUGUUCUGGAACUGUUAUUGAUGGUAGAUGUUUUCAUCAUGCUAAUGCACAGAUACCAAUAGUAAAAACAGCAGCCCAAAGCAGUCUGGACCAAAAGGAAAGGAAAGAAUAUCCACCUCAUGUCCAAAAAUUUGAAAGUAAUCCUAUAAGGUUAAGUCGGCCCCAAGGUAUUGAUCGUAUAAUGAAGAAAACAGAAGAGUCUGAAUCACAUUUGGAGUCUGAAAUUAAAAGGAAAGUAUCACAGAAACGUCACAGUGCAUAUCAGUCUACUCCUCUGUCUCCUGCCUCAAAAAAAUGUUUAACUGAUUUAGAGGAUUUGCAGAGAAAUUGCAGACAAGCUAUAUCUUUAAAUGAAUCAACUGGACCAUUAUUAAGAACGUCAAAUCAUCAGAAUUCUGGAGGACAGAAGUCACAAAACACAGCAUUAACACCCAAGAAGUUUUAUGGCAACAGUGUGGGAAAGGUUCCAAUUGAUAUUAUUGUGAAUUGUGGUGACAGACAGAAUUAUUUACAGACUAAUGGGAAAGUCGUUUUACCUAGGGCAAAAGGAGCCAAAACCACAAACCUAAAAGAAAGGAAAACAAACCUGUCAGACCAAAAUGAUCCAAUCAUUUUAUCCAGUGAUGAUGAUGAUGACAGUGACAGGAUUAACAGAAGAGAGAGCAUAUCUCCUCAACCUGCUGAUUCAGCAUGUUCUUCCCCAGCACCAUCCACUGGAAAAGUAGAAGCAGCACUAAAUGAAAAUACCUGUAGAGGAGACCAUGAACUAAGAAGCAUUCCAGCAGACUCAGAGUUAAAUACAGUUCCGUUGCCAAGAAAAGCAAGAAUGAAAGAUCAGUUUGGUAAUUCUAUUAUCAACACACCUCAGAAACGUCGCAAAGUGAUUUCUCAAGAAACUCUAGUUGAUCCUGUACCUGUAAGCUGCCAAAAUUCCUUUGAAAGUGUCAUUUUACGAUGUCGAAGUAUACGAGUAGGAACACUCUUUCGGCUAUUAACAGAGCCUGUAAUUUUUUGUUUAGAUUUUAUCAAGAUACAGCUAGAAGAACCAGAAAAUGAUCCUGUAGGGAUUACUUUAAAUACCUCUGAUCUAACUAAAUGUGAAUGGUGUAAUGUCCGAAAAUUACCAGUAGUGUUUCUUCAGACGAUACCAGCAGUUUAUCAGAGGCUGAGCAUGCAGCUGCAGUUGAAUAUGGAUGAUAAAGUUUGGAGUAGUUGUAAAGGAAUAAAUAGGUUAACAAGUUUGGAAGAACAGUAUAUAAUUUUAAUUUUUCAAACUGGCCUUGAUCCUCAAGCAAAUACGGUAUUUGAAAGUAUCAUUACUGAAAUUGGUAUAAAGAAUAAUGUGUCCAACUUUUUUGUGAAAAUUCCCUUUGAAGAAGCCAAUAGCAGACUUGUUGCCUGUACAAAAACCUAUGAAGAGAACAUCAAAGGCAGUUGUGUGCAAAAAGAAAACAAAAUUAAAAAUGUGCCCCUGGAAUCUAAAAUACAACUUAGAAGCAAACAAGAAUUUCGGUUUUAUGAUGAUGAGGAAGAAACUGGAGAAGGUCACACCAUCUUUAUGGGUCCUGUAGAAAAAUUGAUAGUAUAUCCACCACCUCCAGCUAAGGGUGGCAUCUCCGUUACUAAUGAGGACCUGCACUGUCUAAGUGAAGGAGAAUUUUUAAAUGACGUUAUUAUAGACUUUUAUUUGAAAUAUUUGGUGCUUGAAAAACUGAAGAAAGAAGAUGCUGACCGAAUUCAUAUAUUCAGUUCUUUUUUCUAUAAACGCCUUAAUCAGAGAGAGAGGAGAAGUCUUCAUGAAACAACUAAUCUAUCAAUACAGCAAAAGCGGCAUGGGAGAGUAAAAACAUGGACCCGGCAUGUAGAUAUUUUUGAGAAGGAUUUUAUUUUUGUACCCCUUAAUGAAGCUGCACACUGGUUUUUGGCUGUUGUUUGUUUCCCUGGUUUGGAAAAACCAAAGUAUGAACCUAAUCCUCAUUACCAUGAAAAUACAGCCAUGCAAAAAUGUUCAACUGUAGAGGACAGUUGUAUUUCUUCUCCUUCAGCCAGUGAAAUGGACAGUUGUUCACAAAACUCUUCUGCCAAGCCUGUAAUUAAGAAGAUGCUAAACAAAAAGCAUUGCGUAGCUGUAAUUGAUUCAAGUGCUGAACAGGAAGAAAGUGACCCUCGUUAUCGGAGAAACAUGUGCAGUGUGAAAUGUAGUCUGAAAAAAAUAAAUCAUACUGCAAGUGAAAAUGAAGAAUCAAAUAAAGGAGAAUCUGCAUGCCAGAAAGUUGUUGAUAGGACUAAAAGUGAGAAUGGCCUACAGAGUGAAUAUUUAAGUUCUGUGCACCAUACAGAUGGCUUAAGCAAAAUCAGGCUAAACUAUAGUGAUGAAUCAGCUGAAGCUAGUAAAAUGCUUGAAGAUGAACUCAUCGACUUCUCAGAAGAUCAGGAUAACCAGGAUGAUAGUAGUGAUGAUGGAUUCCUUGCCGAUGACAAUUGCAAUUCAGAAAUAGGACAGUGGCAUUUAAAGCCUACUAUCUGUAAACAACCUUGUAUUCUACUGAUGGACUCACUCAGAGGCCCUUCUCGAUCGAAUGUUGUAAAAAUUCUAAGAGAGUAUUUAGAGGUGGAAUGGGAAGUUAAAAAAGGAAGCAAAAGAAGUUUUUCCAAAGAUGUUAUGAAAGGCUCUAAUCCAAAAGUACCCCAGCAAAAUAACUUCAGUGAUUGCGGUGUAUACGUAUUGCAGUAUGUAGAGAGCUUUUUUGAGAAUCCAAUUCUCAAUUUUGAACUACCUAUGAAUUUGGCAAACUGGUUUCCUCCCCCAAGAAUGAGAACAAAAAGAGAAGAAAUUCGAAAUAUAAUUCUAAAGCUGCAGGAAGAGCAGAGCAAAGAGAGAAAGAAGCAUAAGGACACUUACUCAACAGAAACAUCUUUAGGUGAAGGAACUGAUCCAAGUGUCGAUAGUAUCUCAGAUUGACCAUUUCUCAUUCUUGUCAGUGCUGUCCUGAGAAAGUCAGUGACUUUCACCUUUGGGUACAGACAGUAAAGAACUGAAGUGCCCACUACUCAGAGUGAUUUGAAAAUGUUAAUGCUUGUAUAAAUGUCAUAUAAUUAAUUUCCAAUGGAGUAUGUAUUAAGUAAGUCUGUAAAUAUGUUAAUGAGGCCAAUUUUUCCAGCAUUUAUAAUUAUUUUUUUCACUUAUUAGGAAGCUUUUGUUAUGUAUUUUCUGUUAAUAGUACUGAGAACUGCAACUUCUAAACACAAAAUAAAUAAAUAUUUAUAGGAGGAAAUGAUUAAUUUGAUAUUCUUUAGUGAAUUUGUAUUAAAUCCUCAUUGUGUGUGAUAUAUUUCAUGGGAAUAUUCAAGUAUCUAUGAUAAUCUUUUGACCUUUUGCAUUUGUUCUAAAACAACUUGAAAUAUGAAAAUAAGAUGAACUCUUAAGACAUUUUGAACAAGAAAGACAUCUUUAUGUGCUUGUAUAGCAGGGAAAAAAUAACAGCCUUUUAAAUUCAUAUAUUCCCUUAUGUCCAGAGAACUCCAAAAUGGAAUAAAUAUUUAUAAUUUUACAUAAAUAUUUAAGGAGAAGCAGUAAUUCAAAGAAUAAGAACCUUGAAUUAUACUACUAAAUAGUAACUAUACUUUAUCAUAUAUUAUUGUCAACUACAUUUCUGAAGACGUCUAAGACUCAGGUUAAAACUAUUUUGGUAAGUGCAGCUCGAAUUUCAAAUAUCCCAUGUUACCUUUCUAUAUUAUAACUUAAAAUAUUCUACAAUCUGUGUGAUAUAGUUAAUUGAGAAACAUUUUUAAUCUGUGAACACAGCAAUUUAAAUAGGAAUUAACUAUUUUUUAUAAUGGCUUUUGCUAUUUUUUCAUUGCUCAUUUUGUUCUUGUUAUUUUGAUAAAGUAUCAGACUUUGCACAUGAGUUUUUUAGUGUAAAUUAUUUUUACAUGUGAAAGUACUAUCUAAUCAAUUGCUUAAUGCAGGAAAAAAAAUCUCUUACCUUGAAUUCCCCUUUUAAAUUCUUAAAAUGUGAUUGUUUUGAUGACAGAUUUACAACUCAUAUAGGAAUCUUGCAUAUAUCUGCUGAAACUAUUAUUUUCAAAUGAAAUGUUAUACAUUUCUUUUGAAUUAACUUUGAGACUUGAAAUAUAUAUAUUUUAAAAGUCAUUUUUUGUUAAAUAAUGAAUUUAAAAAUGCAAAUAUAACAAAAAAUAGUUGAGUGUAAAAGGAAGGCCAUUUAUCAUCAGCAUUUAUUUUAUUUUUAAUCUGGCCAUUUCUGGCACUGUGACCAACAUUUUAGGUUAUUUUCUGGGGUAGAUGGAGGUGUUGUUAAUUAACAACAGCUGAAAAAAAAUCUACUGAGACACACUCAUCAAGGGAAAUCUUAAAAUGUAAGCUUAGGGAAGGUCAUCAUUAGUGCUAUCAAUUAUAGUUUUGUUGCUUUGAACUAUCUUAACAUUUUUUAUUUCUGAUUACAUUAUUUGUUUUUUUAAGAAAUACCCUAGAGCUAUUAGCCCAGAUGUGAAAAAAUAAGAAUUUAAUUUUGUUAUUUACUGAAUAUGAAUUAAAAAAAUGGAAAUUGUUUUUUCUAAUGCCUGAUAGCAGUAAACAAAAUUGAUAUAUUUAAUUUUUUAAAUGUACUGUAUUUUGUCAGAAUUUGAAGGUACUGAAAAAACUAUUCUAAAAUGCUUAUUUGUUUUUGUUUUAAUUUCUAAUGGUUACAUUUUGUAUUCUUAAUUCUUGAUAUGAGAAAAAUAUAACUUGUCCUUUGGGCCA